AUGCCUCGUCCUGGGAAGAACUCUUACAGCGACCAGAAGCCCCCAUACUCCUACAUAUCACUGACAGCGAUGGCUAUCCAGAACUCAGCUGAGAAGAUGCUCCCUCUGAGUGACAUUUAUAAAUUCAUCAUGGACCGAUUUCCGUAUUAUCGAGAGAAUACCCAGAGGUGGCAGAAUUCCCUGCGACACAACCUGUCGUUCAACGACUGCUUCAUCAAGAUUCCUCGGCGGCCUGAUCAGCCGGGGAAAGGCAGCUUCUGGGCUCUGCACCCGGACUGCGGAGACAUGUUUGAGAAUGGCAGCUUCCUGAGGAGACGGAAGCGCUUCAAGGUGCUGCGCGCUGAGCAUAUGGCCUGCAAGAGUUCCCCGAUGAUGCAUUACUUUCACCAUCAUCACCACCACCACCCGGGCAGCAAGCUGAGCACAGCAUCCAGCCACCACGACCACUCAGCCGGCCCGGCAAGCACCGUGGGUCGGCUGCCUCACUUUCAGGGUUACGGGGGCAUUACUUGCGCACAGCCGGGCGGGUUUAAACACCCAUUCGCCAUCGAGAACAUUAUAGGACGGGACUACAAGGGUGUGAUGGCCAGCGGGCUCCCCCUCACCUCUGUCAUGCACCACCUGGGUUACCCAGUGCCCCCGCAGCUCAGCAGCGUGGUCAACUCCAUGUGGCCGCACGUCGGGAUGCUGUCAGAGUCCAUGGGUGGCGUGCCCAUGCCCGCGACAUCCGAGUACGCGCCCUUCAGCGUGUCAGCAAAGGGCCUGUACCACAACGCCAAUGGACAAACGAUGCCCGCCGUUCCCCUGCCAAUAAAACCCACCCCGUCUCUGGGUCCAGUGCCCGGCCUGACGGGGCUGCAGUCCGGCCCGGCACAGCUCUGCUCACCGGCCUCAGUAAUGGAGAAGAGCGAUCUGUUGGAGGGGAAAGGCAACCCUUUACACCCGGCCCUCCUGCUGUCCUAA